AGAAAUUCAGAGCAGAGCAUGGUUCAUGGCUGUGACUGUGAGCCUGUCCGUCCUUGUCCCAGUCCUCCAUCUCCAUCUUGAGCGUUCACUCAUCAAGCAAAGCAGAACAAGCAUCCUAAUCCGACGACAAAAGUCAUCACUCCAGCAAAAAGGCGCUCGCGCACGUCGGGGCCCCCGAUUCGAACACUUUCUCCUCCGCCGCCUCCUCCGCUCGGCUCGCCUCUUCUUCUUCUUCUUCGCCGCCGCUGAUCCGGACCAGUUCUCCUCGGUUCCUCGCAGUCCCACCCACCGAGGUUCUCUCCUCUCACCGUCCCCAGCCCCCGACAGCUGAUUGCCUUCGUACUCUGCUGGUUCCUCUUCUUCUUCAGGGCGCCAAGUCCGUCGACAUCGACGCCACAGGAACCGGCUCCCCAGGAGCGGUUUCACUGGACCCGAUGCCCAACGUUAUGGCCGCCGCCCCAGCCGGCUGCUUACCUCGCGGGGUGAUUCCUCCGGCGCGAUCGAGCAGAGGCAGAGCAUCUCUUCCCGGGGUCGCCAGAGCAUAUGCGGAGAGGCGGUUGGUUGCAGAAAACACAAGCCUGCCAAACAAGCAUAAGGAGGAACUGGAGACUAGGAUAAGGAAUCAGCUCCGGAGGCCCCAGUUGCCACCUUCUUUGUACGACACAGCCUGGGUUUCUAUGGUGCCAAUGCGGGGCUCUCAUCAUACUCCCUGCUUCCCACAGUGUGUUGAGUGGAUACUGCAGAACCAGCAGGAUGAUGGAUCUUGGGGUGUCAGCCAAUCUGGCUCAGAAGUCAACAAGGAUGUUCUCCUGUCCACGUUGGCAUGUGUUCUUGCGUUGAAGAGAUGGAAUGUUGGCAGAGAGAACAUGUGGAGAGGACUGCAUUUCAUUGGGCGGAACUUCUAUGUUGCUAUGGACGAGCAGGUCGCUGCUCCUGUAGGUUUCAACAUCACUUUUCCUGGUUUACUUAGCCUCGCCAUUGAUAUGGGUUUAGAAAUUCCUAUAAGACAAACUGAUGUCUGUGGGAUUCUUCACCUCCGUGAGAUGGAAUUGAAAAGACAGGCUGUGGACAGUUCUUAUGGAAGAAAAACAUAUAUGGCUUAUAUCGCAGAAGGGUUAGGAAGCAUGGUGGACUGGGAUGAAGUUAUGAAGUUCCAGAGGAAGAAUGGAUCAUUGUUCAGCUCUCCUUCCACAACUGCUGUUGCAUUAAUCCACAAAUACAAUGAUCCAGCCCUUCAAUACCUAAAUUUGCUUGUCAGUGAAUUUGGCAGUUCAGUACCGGCAAUGUAUCCUUUAAAAAUACAUUGUCAGCUUUCAAUGGUAGAUGCACUUGAAAGAAUGGGAAUUUCUCAGCACUUUGUCAGUGAAAUAGAAAGCAUCCUGGACAUGGCAUACAGUUGCUGGUUACAGAAAGACGAGGAAAUCAUGAUGGACAAAGCAACAUGUGCAAUGGCAUUUCGCCUUUUGAGGAUGAAUGGUUAUGAUGUUUCCUCAGAUGUGCUGUCUCAUGUUGCUGGACCUUCCACUUUCCAUGAUUCACUACAAGGAUAUUUAAAUGAUACAAAAUCCCUACUGGAAUUGUACAAGGCUUCAAAAGUCAGCUUAUCAGAAAACGAUUUGGUCUUAGAUGGCAUAGGAUUCUGGUCUGGCAACUUAUUGAAGGAUAAGUUGUGCUCUAGUAGGGUGAAAAAGGACCUGAUUUUUGGAGAGAUGGAGUAUGCUGUUAAGUUUCCCUUUUAUGCCACACUGGAGCGUCUAGAACACAAGAGAAACAUCGAAAAUUUUGAUGCUUGGGGUCCUCUGAUGCUAACAACAAAAUCCUCGUCUUUCUGUAUCGAUCAGGAAUUUGUAGCUUUGGCUGUCGAAGAUUUCAGUUUCUCUCAAUAUGUUUACCAGGAUGAACUUCGGCAUCUCGAUAGUUGGGUGAAGGAGAACAAGCUGGACCAGCUACAAUUUGCUCGGCAGAAACUGACAUAUUGCUAUCUGUCUGCUGCUGCUACCAUAUUUUCUUCUGAAUUGUCUGACGCUCGCAUUUCAUGGGCCGAAAAUGGCGUUCUCACAACUGUGGUUGAUGACUUCUUCGAUGUUGGGGGAUCAAAAGAAGAAUUAGAAAACCUGAUAGCACUAGUUGAGAAAUGGCAUGCACACCAUACAGUUGGGUUCUACUCAGAGCAAGUGAAAAUAGUAUUUUCUGCUAUUUAUACAACAGUGAACCAUCUUGGAGUAAUCGCUUCUGCAGCACAAGGCCGUGAUGUUACAAACCACCUAGUAGAAAUAUGGCUGGAUUUGUUGAGGUCUAUGAUGGUCGAGACAGAAUGGCAGAGAAGCCAAUAUGUGCCAACAGUUGAAGAAUACAUGACGAAUGCUGUUGUCUCAUUUGCACUGGGCCCAAUUGUGCUCCCAGCAUUGUAUUUCGUAGGGCAAGAGGUUUUAGAGCAUGCUGUCAAAGAUGAAGAGUAUGAUGAAUUAUUUAGGCUAAUGAGCACUUGUGGGAGGCUCCUCAAUGACAGUCAAAGCUUCGAGAGGGAAGGCAACCAGGGGAAGCUGAAUAGCGUUUCUCUACUUGUCCGCCACAGUGGUGGUUCUAUGUCCAUAGAAGCCGCUAAAAAGGCACUGCAGAAGUCCAUAGACGUCUCUAGGAGAGACUUGCUAAGAUUGGUUCUCAGGAAAGAAAGCGUUGUUCCUAGGCCAUGCAAGGAGCUCUUCUGGAAGAUGUGUAAGAUACUUCACUUGUUCUACUUUCAGACUGAUGGAUUUAGCUCCCCAAAGGAAAUGGUCAGUGCAGUGAAUGCUGUUAUCAACGAGCCACUCACAGUCCAAAAUACUACUAGUUCGUUUUUGUCUAGUUCAUCAGGGAAGUGAGGAUCACAUGUAAUUUAUCCUGUUCAUAUGGAUCAGAAGCAGCAGCGGCAAGCUUAAGAUAUUUGUAAGUUUGUAACUGGGCUGAUGUAGAUUGGUGAAGGUACAUCUUUGCUGUAUGUGGAUCAAGGUAUUGGGAACACCUGAGUCAUUGGUAGUGAGAGUUAUUCACUCUUUCGCGAGAUUUUGUCGAGAAUUUGCCACA